AUCAUUUUUUAUCUGAAGCAGCGGAUGACUUGCCAAUCAAGUGCGAUGAUUAUGAUGGAUUAAAUGCAAAUUGUGAGUUGUACGAGACACAUCUAAUGCGCUAUUUCCUGUAAUAUUAAAUGUUGAAGAAGUUAAGUGCCAUAAUGUUGAAGUAUUUCGGUAUUUUGGCGAUUCUCCUCAUCUCUGGGAGCACUAGCUAUGAAGAAUCACAAGCACCACCGGUGUUUCCUAGCAGCUAUGUUGCCAAAGCUGUUUUAUACAUCCCAUACUCAGAAAUCGAAGAGCCAUUUUACGCCUGGUACGAUGCCGACAAUUCCGUCAGCAGAGUGGAUUACUAUGGAGGCAUGGUUAAAACGUACCAAUUAACGAAACAAGGAUCUUACGGUACUAUGCUUAAAAUCGCACCCAUUACGACCGAAGAUGAAACAAACGCUGUCACUUGUCUACAAGUAAAUGGGUCGGCUGAAAUUGGUGUAAUUUCACCUCAAAACGUUCUUCCUGAUUUGAAAAGCUACGAGUUAAUUGGUACAGAAAUAAUCCGCGGCAUCGAAGCGGAAAAAUGGCAGUUUACUGAAAAAGAUGGGCAAAAGUUGACGAAAUACACUAUGUUUAUUCAAUACCAGAAAUCGACCAAAGACCCCAAUGUUCAAAUACCUGUACCUGUUACGUUCAUUAUGAAAGGCAUGAAUGUUAUUUUUGGAUCACAUUUCGAUCAUUAUUGGAUCGAUUACGGGUAUUUUUCCGAUGAGAAACCAGAUCCUUCAGUUUUUCAAGUCACUGAUAUGAAAUGUCAAUCGUUCCCUGGACCCGGAAUCGAUCACGUUUAUACGUUCAACCCGAUUCGUGAAUUUGUCGAAGGAUACGACGAACACGUAGAUUUUGCUUUUGAUAAGUUUAAGAGAGCUCACAACAAAGAAUACGAUGAUAAAGAGCAUCCUUACAGAAGAGAAGCUUUCAAACAUAACGUUAGGUUUAUUCAAUCGAAGAAUAGAGCUAAUUUAGGAUACUCUCUGGGAGUUAAUGUUUUAGCCGACAAAACACCGACGGAAUUACGUGCUCUUAGAGGUCGUAGGUAUUCUGCUGGUUACAAUGGCGGUCAACCUUUCCCUUACGAUGCCGAUAAAGAAAUUCAAUCAGCUCCUGAUAAUUUCGAUUGGAGAAUUUAUGGAGCUGUGACUCCAGUCAAAGAUCAAUCGGUUUGUGGAUCUUGUUGGAGUUUUGGAACGACCGGAGCAAUCGAAGGUGAAUAUUUCGUUCACACCAAAGGUACUCUGCUUCGUUUGUCUCAACAGGCAUUAAUUGACUGCAGCUGGGGAUACGGUAAUAACGGUUGUGACGGCGGAGAAGAUUUUAGAGCAUAUCAGUGGAUGUUGAAACACGGAGGUAUUCCUACAGAAGAAGAAUACGGUCCAUAUUACGGCCAGGAUGGUUAUUGUCACGUACAAAAUGUUACCCUGCAAGCUAAAAUCACAGGCUACGUUAAUGUCACUUCUGGAAGCGAAGAAGCCCUUAAAGUUGCUUUAUUGAAACACGGUCCCAUUUCUGUAGCCAUUGACGCUUCUCAUCGUACUUUCUCAUUCUACUCAAAUGGCGUAUAUUAUGAGCCUAAAUGCGGAAAUACUCCCGAUGGUUUGGAUCACGCUGUGUUAUUGGUCGGGUAUGGAACGCUGGGCGAUAAGAAAUAUUGGUUGAUUAAGAAUUCCUGGUCCAAUUAUUGGGGAAAUGAUGGCUACGUUUUAAUGGCCAUUCAAGAUAAUAAUUGCGGUGUGAUGACAGAUCCAACCUACGUCACGUUCUGAUCGUUGAAAUACGAGUACAACAACGAAGUAACCAAUCUGAUCCGAAGACAAUUUUUGUAGAAGACUUUUUUAAACUAUUUUAUAUGUAUUUGUAUAAUCAAACAUUUUUUUUAAAGGGAUUUUUUAAAUGUAUUUUAUCAAUUGAUCAUAUUUUUAUAUGUUAUUUACUUAUCGGUUCUUAUUUUCGAAGGUUCCUAAAUGGCAAAGAGUCGGUAUAUAAUUGCCUACUACAUACGUACGAAUAAUGCAUUUAAGAGAAACGUAAUAAUUAUCUUAAUCUUCGUAAAAGGCGAUUGAAAUGUGAUAAAAUUGUGAUUCAGUUUACGAACUAUGAAAUUAUUAUAAUUAAUAUAGAUUUUAUUACCCAAUAAAAAUUGUAUUGCUAGUGUAAAA